CAGCUGCGGACUGACACAUACACUCCCAAUACCGUUCUGUUACGGACUCACAUUGAGAGAGGACACCGCGCUAGCUGCGAGACGUUUCUUUGGGCACAAGUCGACGGAAGCUCACCAGGCAUUGCGGCCAUCUCGGGAAAACCAGCUGCGCACGACUACGCACGCGUUCUCCCCCAGAGUCAUCUCAAAGUCCGACAACCCCCCCACAAACCCCGCCGCCCUCGAACCCCCCAACCAUGGUCAGCUUCUACCUCCUCCACCGGGGCCUAACCUACUUCACCACCUCGGGCGCCAAUUUCCUGCCCCUCCUCAAACACGCCAUGGACCUCUACUUCGCCAAACGUUACGCCAGCGUCCCGUGCGCGCAGCCCUGGUUCCGUUAUACCUGCUUUGACGACUUCAGUACCGACUGGUCCUUCCGCACGGAGCUCGGCUGCGUCUCCAUCAUCGCGCUGCUCACGGUUCUCAUCCUCGGCUUCCACACCUUACUCGCCACGUACCAUUUCAUGUGCUGCUGGACCGCACGGAAGGGCGAUUUCCUUGCCGGCACAGAGUUUGGAUGCUGCGGCGCCGCAGCGGUCGUGAUCGGCCUCGCGGCGGAUGACGAGGAAGUCAGCCGCGUUGUCCCGACCAAAGUGAAGCAUCGCCGGAUGACGAGGGUGGUGACCGCCGUGUUGGAGGUGCCGUUGAUUGCGGCGGCGUGUGUGGCGAUUAAUAUUGAUACGUCGGAUACGGUGACCGAUAGUCAUCGGAGCAGUUUGUGGUUGCUUUUGGUGGUGUUGAUGUUGAAUUUGUCGAGCUUUAUUGAUAAUAUAUAUGAGGGGUUGAUGAUGUUUGUUAUGGUUUGACGACAUACCCCCCCGGCGUAGUAUCUAGUCUUUCCCCCCCGAGAUGGGAGUUCCCCUAACGGACAUAAUCGUGGCGUAUUGCUGUUAGUCUUAUACUUUGUCUGAAUUUUCCUGUCAUCAGAAUACGUGUUAGAGGCAGCGAGGACGUUGAUUCUGAA